AUGAGCUUGCAGCCUACACCCGGUCCUCGGGUUCGGAUUUCAACUAAUCACAUGGUACCCAAGUUUAAACAACGUUCUUACUUCGAAAUUAAAGCUCAAUUAGAUGCCUAUCGUCUAGAAAAUCCAGUAACUCCAGACUUCAAACCUCCAAUCGUAGAUUUGCUUCAAAAACCUGUCAACAGUUCUGUGGUAAAAGAACCAUCUACGAAAUUAGCUAGAAUUACUGCCAUUUGGAAUUUAUGGUAUGUACAAUUCAUUAUUACUCUGUUAUUAUGGUUAAUAGCCAUAAAAAUUGAAUUUGGCGCUGUAUUUUUUAUUAUGGGAUCGUUAUAUUGGAUUUGGGUAUGGGGAACAAUAAAAAAUCCAAAACCUCGCAUUUCCAAUAACCCUGAUGAACAAAUUGUAUCAGCUAGCUUCUUUUUCGAUAAUUCCCCUAUUCCAUCAAAUAUUAUGUCUUCAAAAUAA